CGUGUGGCCUCUGACUUGGGUAUCAGAUGACCCUCAGCACUGCCCUGCUGCUGCCCCGGACAUGGCCGCAACCCAAGGUGCCGUCCGUAGACCCUGAGUGGUUCCCCCUGGCAGGUCUCUGCAUGAAGCUGGACUGAGGGGCCGCAGCGCCCGCCCCCGCCCGGCCAGGAUGAGCAAGGCACGGCCCUGGCGCCUGUGGCUGGCCGUGGGAUUUGUGUUCAUGGUCCUGCUGAUCAUCGUGUACUGGGACAACGUGGGCACAGCCCACUUUUACCUGCAUGUGGCCAUCUCCCGGCCACACCCGCCGGGACCGCUCCCCACCCCCAGCCCGGGCCCCGGGAAGGAGCCCCCGGACAGCCGGGACGCUGUCCUCAAGAGGCUCUUCGGCCCUGGCACCGAGCCGGGCGACCUGCCCAGCAGGAAGCCGGAGCCUCGGCCUGCAGCCCCGGGGAGCAACGCUGAGGAGAGCGUGCGGGGUUACGACUGGUCCCCGCACGCCGCCGCCCAGCAGCCCGCCGCGGCGGCUGGGGAGCGGCAGGCCCGGCGCAGGAGCGUGCUGCGCGACUUCUGCGCCAACGCCAGCCUGGCCUUCCCCUCCAAGGAGCGCUCCUUCGACGACAUCCCCAGCUACGAGCUGAACCACCUCAUCGUGGACGACCGCCACGGCGUCAUCUACUGCUACGUGCCCAAGGUGGCCUGCACCAACUGGAAGCGCGUCAUGAUCGUGCUCAGCGGGAGCCCGCUGGACGCCGGCGCGCCCUUCCGCGACCCGCUGGCCAUCCCGCACGCGCUGGUGCACAACGCCAGCGUCCACCUGACCUUCAGCAAGUUCUGGCGCCGCUACGGGCCCCUGUCGCGCCGCCUCAUGAAGCUGCGGCUGCGCACGUACACCAAGUUCCUCUUCGUGCGCGACCCCUUCGUGCGCCUCAUCUCCGCCUUCCGCAGCAAGUUCGAGCUGGAGAACGAGGAGUUCUACCGCCGCUUCGCGGUGCCCAUGCUGCGCCGCUACUCCAACCACAGCCGCCCGCCCGCCUCCGCGCACGAGGCUUUUAGCGCCGGCCUGCGCGUGUCCUUCGCCAACUUUAUCCAGUACCUGCUGGACCCGCACACGGAGCAGCUGGGGCCCUUCAACGAGCACUGGCGGCAGGUGCACCGCCUCUGCCACCCCUGCCAGAUCGACUACGACUUCGUGGGCAAGCUGGAGACGCUGGACCAGGACGCGGCGCAGCUGCUGCGGCUGCUCAAGGUGGACCAGCGCUUGCGCUUCCCGCCCAGCUACCGCAACCGGACGGCCAGCAGCUGGGAGGAGGGCUGGUUCGCCUCCAUUCCACUGGCCUGGCGGCGGCAGCUCUACCAGCUGUACGAGGCCGACUUUGUUCUCUUCGGCUACCCCAAGCCCGAGAACCUGCUCCGAGACUGAGGCGGCAGGGGAGGUGGGGGCCGCUGCCGUUGUCCCC